CAGCGCGUGGGAAUUGGUUAUCCAUGGAUAGUGUUAUCUCUGGUGAGUCCUGAGCCGUGACUCAACGGUGAGCUCCACCAGAAGCAAAGAUGUCCCUUCGAAUUCCCUGUAACUGCUGCUGCAUUUCCGACCUAAGGUCGCGAUCCUUUCCGUCGAAGACCAAUUAUUGUUUCACUUCUUUCAAAUGCCGCCGCAAGAUAACGUCGGAGCUCCAGACACAAGCUCAACUCACUGCUCGCACGGAUUACUCCUCCCCAUCUGUUCCCACCCAUAAAGUUACAGUGCAUGAUAGGCAACGAGGAGUCGUUCACGAGUUCCUUGUGCCCGAGGAUCAGUAUAUAUUACAUACUGCUGAGUCCCAGAACAUUACGCUUCCCUUCGCCUGCAGGCACGGUACUAGUUGUUGUACAAGCUGUGCUGUGCGUGUAAAAAAUGGACAAAUUAGACAGCCAGAGGCACUAGGAAUAUCUGCUGAAUUGAAAGAAAAGGGUUAUGCGCUUCUUUGUGUGGGCUUCCCGUCUACUGAUAUCGAAGUAGAGACUCAAGAUGAAGAUGAGGUAUAUUGGCUUCAAUUUGGACGCUAUUUUGCGCGAGGACCUGUGGAUAGAGAUGACUAUGCCUUAGAGUUAGCCAUGGGUGAUGAAUAAUCAAUUCAGACAAAUUCUAUGGAGCGAAGACCGAGAAUUUUACGUGUUCCCCUUCUCAAGUUACUGCUCUUUGGCCUGUAGUUUUGACCUCACAUUAAUCUUUUAAGCAUGCUGUACAUGUAUCCUACCCUGGGUCAUUUGAUAUAGUGAACUGUAUAUCACCCUUGUGUAUGCAUCGCCGUGCUUGCAUGGCUCAGUCUAUAUUAACUAUCUGAACAUUAAAGCUUCAUACACGCUUCUUUCUGUCUUGA